AAGAAUAAUAGGUAGAUAAGGAAUAUCCUAAAUAUAAAAUAAAUAAAAAAUUAAAAAUUAGAAACUGAAUUGCUCAGCUGUUAUCUUUCUCACUUGACCCUGAAAAAUAAAUUACUAAAAUACUGUAUAGAGCCGUAAAUCCCUAAUUUGUGGAACCCUAAAAGAAAGACUAGUCAAAACCAAAAUCCAAUUUUUAUCCUUCAACUCUUCAAUUCUUGUUUUCAACUCUGCAAUUCCUAAUCCUUUGUUGGUACACAAAUUCUCGUCCCCUUUGUUAGCUUUUCAUUCAUGGUGGAAAGCCUAACUUCUUUCUCUCUAACACCAAAACCAUAAACCCCUAAUAAGAAAACUCCAAAUUUUCAGAUAUAUUCGUCAAAUCCCUAAAUAGGAGGAUUUUCACUGAUUCUCCGUAUCUAUCUAUGGCUACAGACGCUUCGCCCAAGUUCCAAAACCCAGACUUCCGGCCAGUCCCUCAGCCACCAGACUUUCACCCGGAAAUUGUGGUCAGGGCCCAUGACGGUCUUCACUUCUGGCAGUUCAUGAUUGCAGGCUCCAUCGCUGGCUCUGUCGAGCACAUGGCUAUGUUCCCAGUCGACACGGUUAAGACCCAUAUGCAGGCUCUCGGGUCCUGCCCGAUUAAGUCAGUCGGAGUCAGACAGGCCCUUAAAUCCAUCUUGAAGACCGAGGGUCCAAUUGGCCUUUACCGCGGCAUUGGGGCAAUGGGUCUCGGUGCCGGGCCAGCCCACGCCGUUUAUUUUUCGGUUUAUGAGAUUUGUAAGGAGUUCUUCUCCGGUGGGAACCCAAAUAACUCACUUGCACACGCAACCUCAGGGGUGUUCGCCACCGUAGCUAGCGACGCAGUUUUUACCCCAAUGGACAUGGUGAAGCAGAGAUUGCAGUUGAGUAACAGUCCGUACAAGGGGGUUUGGGAUUGUAUGAAGAGGGUGUUGAGGGAAGAUGGGUUUAGAGCAUUCUACGCUUCGUAUAGGACCACAGUGCUUAUGAAUGCGCCGUUUACAGCCGUGCACUUUGCGACUUAUGAGGCUGCAAAGAAAGGUUUGAUGGAAAUUUCGCCAGAGAGUGUCAGCGACGAGCGUUUGGUUGUUCAUGCCACUGCUGGGGCUGUUGCCGGGGCUUUGGCUUCUGCUGUUACUACACCUCUCGAUGUGGUCAAAACUCAGUUGCAGUGUCAGGGUAUAUGCGGAUGCGAUAGAUUCAAAAGUGGCUCAAUUGGAGAUGUUGUCAAAACAAUAUUGAAAAAAGAUGGUUAUAGAGGGUUGUUAAGGGGAUGGUGUCCUAGGAUUCUUUUCCAUGCUCCCGCUGCUGCAAUAUGCUGGUCUACUUAUGAAGCCUCAAAAAACUUCUUUUAUGAAUUAAACGAUGGCUCCAGCAGCGGCAAUGUAACUUGAAUUAUUUAACCUAUGAAGACGAAGGACAUUCUUGCAUUGCAUUGCAUUGCAUUGCAGAUAUCAUAAUUGAGAGAUACAUGAACCAUCUCAUGGGCGUGGAGGAAGCAGAGGAUCAUCAAUUUUUUCAAAGAUUUUCAUACAUAAUCGCUGUCUAAUUUAAUCGGCGGUGCUAGUCAAAUUAGAUAUUGAGGCUUAAAUUUUGUUUGUACCGUAGACACUUUGUUAGUUAUCCUUUUUUGCCUUACUGUAUGCUCAAAUAAGCACCAACGAGGUUUCAUUUACUGCCUUAUUACAAAUUACAACACCCCUUCUCUUUUUGUCAUUUUUGAUGAUUUGUUACUAUUAUUAUUAUUAUUAUUGGCAGUAAAUUAAAAUUGAUACACAAUGUAUCAUAUUAUAGUUCUUAUCUGCA